AGCUGCUGCUGCUGCUGCUGGAACCCGUUUGACAACUGACCUCUUACUUCGCCGUUUAACUUGAUUUCUACCCUUACUUCUUGUAAGACGACUUCCAGAAAUGUGGUCGUAUUUGUCCUCUGGUUAUGGGGCGUGAGUGUUGUGGCUGUGAGUGUCACAAGAGGGGGGGCGCUCUGCUCUGCCCUGCUCUGCUCGGUGCAGGACGCAGGAGACAGUCGCUCUCCAAGGUGCUGAAAGUCGGAGCGCUCCCUCCUUCAGUGUCGUCUACUGACGAUGAAUGCGACCUCCAGUUAUGACUGGCUUCAGUCUCCAUUGGCUUAAUUUUUUACACUAUUUAACUUGUACCCAUGUGGAUUUGUAUUUGUCAUGCAACCGCUGGAUGUACCCACGCAUAUGUGCAACAAGACCGCCAAACGCAGUCUAACAUUCACCUGCAUCAUAUGGAAAUACUGAAAUAACUGUGGAUUCUCAGGGAACGCUACAUGGGAUUUUUCCUGCAGUUUUUGUCGGUCUUUUUUCCUCCUCUGUGUGCCGUAUGUCGUUGGACGUUAACUGCUAUAUUGUCUCAAAAAGGUGAGUCAGAUGAGGAUAUAUAACGAAGAAGACCUACUUUUUUGUGGAUUUCAUUUUAUUUGCACUGGAAAAGGGGGAGGAAAUCUCCAAAAAGGUUGCUCUUUAACCGCUUUUAAACACAUAAAACACGACGACGGAGGGAAUUAUAGAUCUUGUGGAGCCUGGUAAAUUAACCGUGUGGAUAGAGUGAAGUUUCCAAUAGGAAAGGCUGCUAUCUGUGAUCUGUUCGAGCCCUCUAUGUGUCGGGUUCCCUGGCUUCAUACGAGGAGGAUAUCAAGCAAUUUCGCCUAGCCCAUCUCCUUACGUGAUGAUGACGGUGAUAAUAAGGCGCUGGACAGAUCCGGAGAGGAUACCUGGGGCUUAGAAAUGACAUCUACACAGUCGCGUUAAAUGUGGACGUCAAAGCCGCGGCUAAGGAUGGGCCCUCUCCCCACAGCCGCCUUCGUCCUCCUUCUGUUGGCCCUGAGCGCCGUGUGUCCGGCCACGGUGGGUAACCCCGAGGAUUACACCGCGGACGAGGCGGAGCGGACCGCCGCUGAAAACAUCGUCUUUGAUGACUACCGGGGCAAAGGGUGCGUGGACGACAGCGGUUUCGUGUACAAACUCGGGGAGCGCUUCUACCCUGGACACUCGAACUGCCCGUGCGUGUGUACAGAGGAUGGGCCCGUGUGCGACCAGCCCGAAUGCCCAAAACUGCACCCCAAGUGCACAAAAGUGGAACACAACGGAUGCUGUCCCGAGUGCAAAGAGGUUAAAAACUUUUGCGAAUAUCGAGGGAAAACGUAUAAAAUACUGGAAGAAUUCAAGCCGUCUCCCUGUGAAUGGUGCCGCUGCGAACCAAAUAAUGAGGUGCACUGUGUGGUGUCCGACUGCGCCGUCCCGGAGUGUGUCAACCCUGUGUAUGAGCCGGAGCAGUGCUGCCCCAUCUGUAAAAAUGGUCCAAAUUGCUUUGCUGGAACAACGAUCAUCCCAGCUGGAAUUGAAGUGAAGGUGGACGACUGCACCAUCUGCCGUUGCCACAACGGAGACUGGUGGAAGCCGGCGCAGUGCUUACGGCGGGAGUGCCUCAACGGCCAGUCGUUGUCAUAGAGAGACUCCACCGGGGAUGGAGGAUAAGCUCAGGCAAGGCUCUGCCUACUGCGCCAUUUUGUAUGAUUGACAGGGCAGGAGCACAAUUCCUUAAAAAAAGAAAGAUGGAGACAGCAUAGAAGCGAAGAGAUGCUCUCACAAGCUUAACACAAACACAAAUCUAGCCAGAGAGAAGAUGAUGGAACUUGUCUCACAGCUUUUUCCCUUCUCCAGUUUUACUCGUCCUGUAUAUUUUCAAAAGUUGACUUGCUUGACUUGCUGCUCUCACACAUGAAGUUUCUAAGCUCCUCGAACUCUUUCCUAUCCAUUGGCAAUGUCUAAUUGCUCAUGUUGAUUUCUGUACAAUUCUGUAUGCCAUCAGCUUGUCGUAUGUGUCCGUCACAACCACGCAAGUGUUGUAAAUUUCCAACAGCAGGAAAAUGCUAACCGAAAGCACACUUUACAGCGCUUUUGUUCCAUUCAUAAUAGGACUGAUCCUGCAAAUGUGCUUGAGUUUCACAACCUCACUCGAAAAGCUUGUUUACAAAAUGCACAUAAAUGUUUGUCUUCAUAAGACUUUUUAAUCACUGUGGCUGUUGCUCAUCUCUACCACUUAUAAGAUGCUUCUGUCAUAUUUUAUAAACUGCAAUGAAAUCUUCCCAUCACUUAUUUAAUUUUAUUGAUCAUUUUAUUAUACUGUUGUUUUGAGACAUGUUUAUUUAGUAGCAGCACAAACUGUGUUCGAAUUGUAGCUUAAAGAGCAGGCAAGGUGGUAGCUGCUCCAACUCUCAAAGGAGCAAGAGCUCCAUCAGAACUCUGGGCAACCUUUUUCUAGACCAGUUGGUAUUGUUUGACCUCCGAGGUCCAUAUUCUCCCAAAUAUCCCCAUUAACUAACUGCUUGAACUUGUUAUCAAAGCUGUUAGUGAGCCAAGAGCAGCCUGCUUUAAUUUUCCUUAAUCAGGAGUAUUCUGUAAUAAAUCAUCCAGCUGGGUGCUUGGUGCUGCUGCAGCCUGCAUGCUGGGCACAUUCAGCAAGAACCAGCAGACAAAAGGAGAGGAAUCUGCAUAUGGCUAAAUGCUUUUAAGCGACAUUCACAAGCUUAAUGUCCAUUUAAAGGUACACACAUGCACCAUUCAUCCAAACUGUGAGGCACAGUGUGCUACUCUACAUCCACUGCACACUCAGGCUGAUAAACAAGACUUGUCAUGAUAGAAUAUGUUACAUAUAUCACAGUUUAUGUAGCAGAUUUUCAGGCUCUCUCCUCCUGAAGAUGUCAGAAUAUCUCAUCCCAUGCAGUGUAGCUAUUCCCAGGGUUAUGACACACAGACAAGCUAACGCUUUACUUUGACAUUUACUUCAAAUCAGAAUGGUCAUCGAGUGGUACAGUCUGAAAGAAAAAGCACCCAACCCAAACCAUGACAUUUUUUUAGAUGAUAAAUACUAGUCAUUAAUUCAAAGGUGAAUUUCCGUAAGCUCAUGCCAUUCAUCACUAGAUUUUUUUCCAUUUCCAGAAAUUCCUUUCCUGUUAACCUUUUAAACCCUAUUCCUGUGCCGUGAUGGAUGGGCUGCUUAAUAGCAGCUUCCAGCACUCUGUAAUGAGACAGAAAUGAACAUAGGAUAAAGACCAAUGACUAAAGAGUUGUAUUACCUUAAAAGGCUUUAAAACUAAUUUUAAAAAGAUCUAAUAGUUUGCUGCACAGCUGCAGCAAAAGUACCAGAGAUAAAAAAAAAAAAAUUAUUAUUUGGGUGAAGUUCAGUUUAAGCUGCAACAAUACAAUUUGUGUCAUUUUCAUAAUUUAGCUGCAGUGAUUUAGUAUCUUCCAUUGUGCAAAGACAGACUUCAUCUAUCUGGCUUGAGGUCUGCAGGCUCAUAAAACAAACCUGACAUGAAUAGUUCAUCAGUCACAGCCUCAGUGCUCCAGUGCUUAGAAUUAUUAAAGGAGAUUCAUUCAUCUUAAUUGCUUUAAAUGUCACAUAAUUUUUCAGCUUAUACAUGUACCCAAAAUGAGAUAAAAAGAAAAAAAAAAAAGGAAUUGCUCUUACAGGUUGCAACAGAGACAGACUUAAGUGAGUGUCAGUUGACAGGGUUCAAAGGCACUGCUGCCACCACAGAUGCCUUAUUGCUACUGUUCCAGAUAAGAUUCACAAAGCAUGGCCUUUGGCUUCACACAGAAGGAACAAUCCGAACUGCUUUCAGAGCUAGUUUGGUUCACUUCUCCAUGCAAUGAUUUACUGUUGUGCAUUAAGCAAAACUAUUCUUUUUUUUUUUUUACCACACGACAUUCUAGAAACAGCCAUCGGGGUCAACAAGAGUACAAGGACAAGUACAGUUCAUUCACAGCUGAAACUGCAGAGGCUGGGUCUAAAAAUACUCAGUGGCAUUUGAUAGACGUAAAAAUAGAAGCAUUGAAAGUAGCAGAUUUGAUUUGCAAACUAAAGCAACGUGAUCCUUAUGGCAGUGUUAUGUAACUCAUUGUUCUGGUUAUUUUGAUACACACUCCUCCAGUGCUUCUGAUGUGCGCAGCAGCUAGCGAACUAAUUUGGCUGCUCUUUUUUUUUCAUAUUGGGAACUGCUCUCAUUGGCUAAAAGAGAAAGUAGGGAUGCAGAAGCGGAACAUAAAGUUAAACAAGAUAUACAUCAAGUCUCUCUCUACAGGUCAGCGUUAUUGAGGCACAUCAUCUUCUGAUGGUAGAAUUUAAAAAAAAAAACAAAACAAGAAGAAUAAUUUUGUUUCAUUGCAGCAGAUCAGAUGCAGGCAUGCAGCAGGACUGCACUGGUGCAUAAGUUGCUCUGGACUGGGAAACAAGUGGGAUGGAUUUGGAAGUACUGCUCUGAAACAGCUGAAUUCAGUGCAUCUGCCUUUAAAAGCCACAUGAUGUUGAUGCAGCACAGAUCUGCUAUAAUGCACUGUGUGCACUCAAAAGCAGAGGAAAUUACAUUUCACCUUGCAAAUACACGAAAGGACAGAUGAGCUGUGCAGUCCGUCUUUUCAUUUUCUGCCAAGAAACUUGAGUCUUUGUCUGUGAAUGUUUAUUCAAAUAACCCCGUCUGUCCUCCCUCUCAUCAUGAAGACCACAGGCUUGUACAUGGGCAGUUUGUACAGGUACACCAUUAGCUUUUUCCAUGAGACACCAACUAACUGUAGCUGGAAACUAUGAAAGAUGGUUUUUUCCCCUUAUGUUAUCCUUUUUUUUCCCUAUUUUUCAGCAACAAAACUGUUACAUAAAGUGUGCCUGAAAACCAAUACAGAUGUGGGAAGAGAGAAACACUGUUAUUAUACAAUCAAUUGUUUGAUUAUCCUUUUUUUCUUUUUGGAGCACCAAGGGUUUGUUAAUGUGAAACUCAAAACAUAGAAUACAUUUUAUUUAUGUUUCAAAUCGAGAGCAUCUUUGAUUGUAUAUGAAUUCAUGCUCACACGAGUUGAACCUAAAGGGUCCAAAUUUCAGAAACAAGCAACUCUUGGUGCUCCACAUGCUGUUCAUGUGUAAAUAUCUUCGAACAUAAAAUGUGUAUUCUAAAAUCAGAGAUGGAGUAAAAAAAAAAGAAAGAAAAAAAAAGACAUCAAAAAUACGAAACUGUGUAUUAUUCACUAAGACAAAAAUAUUUUGUUAAAUAGACUUUAAAAGAAG